AUAUCUGAUACGGAAGAGAAAUAAGUGCAUGCUGUGUAUAUAGCAAAAUUCAAUUGUCAUCAAGAAAUUGUUCGAAAUCCAAACGAUUAUUUGUUGUCACUAAAAAUAAAGGAUUUUGUGUGUGUGUUUGUGUUUGUUUGUGUUAUUUUGUGUAAUUUACGUCAAAGACUCAACCACCGAAAAUGGCUGACACCGAAAAUCCAACCGAAAAUCCCGAUACCUUCAACGAUGAUGAUAAAUUUGCCGAGGAAAUUGUGGAAACUGGCGUUGUCCGGAAAACCGUUAAAAGAAGUUACAUAAUUCAGGAAACUUCUUCGUCUACCAAAACGACAACCAUGACCACACCAGCCAAAUUGUUUGGAAAAAAUUUGGGGGAAUAUGAUGAAGUUGAUGUCGAUGAGCUGUUGGCACAAUUGUCAGCUGAGGAAAUUAAAAUUUUGGCCAAGGAAGUAGAUCCAGACGAUAAUUUUUUGCCACCAAGCCAACGAAACAAUUAUGACUGUGAAAAAGAUCCAACCGGCCCAUUGAAUAGAAAAAAGUUGAUAGAACACAUCAAUAAAGAAGCAUUAGAAACGCCAGAUCGACCAGAAUUUGAGCCAUUUGUAAAGGGUAAAGUUCGCGGAAAAAAAUGGAUUCCACCACCACCAGAUGCAGCCCAGCUCGAUGCCGAUGAAAAGAUUGCCAUCGAUUUGGGCGAUGAAUACGAACAGGCGCUCACUGAUGCAUCACAAGAAGAAAUCAUCGAUUUGGCAGCUAUUCUUGGCUUCCACUCAAUGAUGAAUCAAGAUCAAUACCAUGCAUCACUGCUGAACAAAGGCCAACCAGUCGGUUUGGGAUGGGACGGCAUCACAAAGUCAAGUCAACAAAAAAUCUUCCCACAGGAUCCACCAAAUAACACAGAUGUCGAAGAUUCAAUCAAACGAGUUAAAGAAGAUGAUUCAAAAUUGAUCGAAUUAAAUUUGAACAAUAUCAAAAAUAUUUCUGACGAGAAAUUUGAACAAUUGUUUAAUGCAUUACCUGAGAAUGAGCAUUUGGAAGUUUUAUCACUGACCAAUGUUGGCCUCACAGAUCGAACUGCAUUGCUAUUGUCCGAAGCCAUUGAAAAGAAUAAAACUUUACGAGUAUUAAAUGUGGAAACGAAUUUCAUUAGUCCUGCCGUGAUUGUGACAUUGGUUCGAGCAUUAUUGAAGGCCAAGAGUAUUGAAGAGUUCCGGGCCUCAAAUCAGCGAUCAUCCGUGUUGGGCAACAAAAUCGAAAUGGAAAUCACCGAAUUGGUGGAAAAGAAUUCAUCACUAUUGAGAUUAGGUUUGCACUUGGAAUUCAACGAUGCUCGUCACAGAAUUGCCAAUCAUUUACAGCGUAAUAUUGAUAGAAUACGAAUUUCCCGACUGAACCAGCGCAAAUAAAGCGACAUCUCAAUAAGUAAAAAAAAAUAUAAGUAAAAAUCCUAUGAUAUAAACACUGGACGACAACGUCGAAUGGGACACUUUGCGCGAAACUACACCAUCGGUUUCUGUUAGAGAUUUUAAAAAUUACAUCACCGUUUCGCAUCUUUGCUUCAGAGCAUCAAGUCAAAGUGUUGGACAAUAUGCGAUGCAACCACACAAUUGCAAUUUCUUCUAAUAUAAUUAUCACACAGCCAGUUUUCUAACAACAAUUAUAAUAUAACAAAAGAACAAAAACAAAAUAUGAUGAUCGCUAAUUUGGAUUCUAUUUUUUUCAUAUAUGUAUAUAUUUAUAUAUAUAUACAUAUUAUUCUGAAUAAAUAGUUUAAAAAAAUUGCAUGCUCAGCGAUAGAUUCAAGAUGCUUCGCUAGAUAUUUACAAUAGUAUAAUAAUGAUGAUUUAAAUGUUUUUUUUUGCGUUUUGAAUGAGCCUGUAUACACCGAAAAUAUUGUCCAUGUGUUUGUAUCGCGUGACCAUCGAUUAGAAGUAUUUAUAUUUUUAUGCCACAAUUUUUUUGUUUCAAAAUUGCUUUGCGUAUUGGUUCAAAUUUUGGUAAAAUUAAAAAAGAAAUCAUAUAGAAACAUUGUGAACAUCUAACUAAAUAAAAGAAAAUGAAAGAAAGCAGCUGUAAUAGAAGAACAGCUGAUAGAACAAUGAUAAAAAAAUCAAUCAGCAAAACUCAAAACUUUUAUAUUUAUUGACUAAAAUGAAACAAUUGUGACAUAAAUAAUUUACCUAAUGCAAGUCUAUAAGAGAGAAAAAAAUGCAAUGAAAAUCCAAAAAAAAAAACGAUCUACAUAAGCAAGUACAGUAAUGAUAUCUAUGUAUAACGUGAGAACACCUAAACUCUAAUUGUUUAAAAGUUAAAAAAAAAUUAAUUUUAUCAUAUUAUAAACAAAGAAGCGCUAGCAUUGUAUUUAUUUAAGUUUUAUUUUUUUUUUUUGAUUCAUUACAUCAGUGCGAAAUUGUCAGACGUACCCAUUUCUCUCGAUCCACAUUCAAAUUUUACAUCUUUUUUUGGAUUGAGUUUUAUUUUAAAUUUUGUUUUUGUUUUUCACACUAAAUCAUUGUACGCAUGCGCUCUAUGAUUGGACACCACGAGCGCGUAAGCGUUACAAUUCAAAUUAAAAUAAAAUCAGUGACAAAAUACUCAUAGCUCAUGUUGUAAUGGACCAAUGAACAACGAAUCAUGCAAGCGAUCGCAAAUAAUGCGAAUUUUACACUUGCUCUGAAUUAUUUAAAAACAAAAAUUGGAAACUUAAUGUACAUGUUCCUCUCCCAGUAAUCUAUUUUUAUUUUAUUAUAAAUAUUUUUGGUUCUUUCUGCUUGAUUUUUUAGCAACAUUUCUCACAAACCAUUAGGAUCGUAAGAGAAAAAGAAAUGAAUUGUAAAUUUUGUUUUGCACGUGAUACCUAUUUAGUUAACUUGAAUGUGGUUAAGUAGAAAUUUUAUGCAAAAUGUAACGGCGAACGAAUUGAAUAAAUUUGAACAAACAAAGCUAGGAAA